CAAAAGAGACAUCUUCAUCCCGAGGUGCCAAACACAUCAAAGACUCACACACAGAGACAACAUGAAAGUUGCUGCAGCCUUUAUCGUGGUGCUGUGUUGCCUGGCUGCAAGUCACGCAUUGACAUGCAAGGAGGGUCCCAGGUUUUAUAGUCCCGAACAGAUGGAUGCUGGACUGGGACACGUCGUCGGAGUAGACAGGUACAAGAGGCCGUAUUUUCUAAGUGGAUUGAGCUUCUACAGUCUGGGCUCAGCCAGCCUCAAGCAUGUCACCACGGGACCUUCUGGAACAUGGGGAUGUGACAGAUACAACAAGGUGUACAAAUUCGUAGCUGGAAACUGGAAAGUAGCCUCUGGUUACACCUUGCAGCAGGUGGAUGCGGGAGGUCCUGGUCAGGUUGUUGGAAUACAAUCCAGCAGCAAUCGAACCCAAUGUCUGUCAGAAGCUCGUGCUUUGGCUUUUUAUGGAACUGGUUCCCUGACAUGGUCAUACCUGAGUAAUGUGUUAAUGUACGUCAGUUGCGGCCCAGAGACAUGCUGGGGAGUCACUAAUGACUACAAAGUCUAUGUCGCAAAGAUUCGUGACAACUGUGGAAGAGCAACUGGCUGGCGAUAUGUGUCAAGAGGAAUGAAAAUGAUUGACGUUGGAACUGAUGGAUCUGUUUAUGCAUUGUCUACAUCUGGCUUGGUGUACCAGAGAACUGCUUUCAGCAGCAGAUCGUAUUAUGGUACUAGGUGGACGAACAUCCCGAUGUGCAUGCCUAUCAAACACCUGACCUACGACCUGAAAAACCUUUGGGUUGUGACUGAGUCUCGUUUGCUUUUGGUUUGCACACCCUAAAGUCAUCAUAGUGGCAGAUGGUUAUGUGCAUCCAUCUCUCUACGUCUCUGCCAUCAUGCCUUUAAAGUUUCAUCCUUUGGAUUAUUUAGUGCACACAUUUAAUAACUAAUUUACAUUUGAUUUAUUUUCUCAACAUAAAGGCUCUGGUGUUAUCGGGUAUAAUAAGUGAUUAGCAUUUACGCUGCAAGAACUGAUUAUGGAUAGAUCUCUUCUGUAUCUACAAACAAUGUCAGAUGAAGUGCAACUUUGUUGAAAACCCUUGAUUUUGUUUUCUGUAUGUAAUUUUCAUACAACUUAAUGUUCAAAUCAGGAAAUAAAAUACAUUUUCAAAGCAGAA